AUGUAUAGGCAUGUCCACGGGAAGAGAGUGCUUGUGGUCACCAAUGAGCGUGUUGCUCCUCUAUACCUUGACAAGACUAUUGAUGCUUUAACUAGAGGAAAUCCCAAUGUGACUGUCGAGAGUGUUAUUUUGCCUGAUGGCGAGAAAUACAAGAACAUGGAUACUCUCAUGAAAGUCUUUGACAAGGCCAUUGAGUCUCGCCUUGAUAGACGAUGUACAUUUGUUGCCCUUGGAGGUGGUGUGAUCGGCGAUAUGUGUGGGUAUGCUGCUGCCUCUUACCUGCGUGGUGUUAAUUUCAUCCAAAUUCCUACCACUGUUAUGGCACAGGUUGAUUCUUCUGUGGGUGGCAAAACAGGCAUAAAUCAUCGUCUUGGAAAGAAUUUGAUUGGUGCAUUCUACCAACCACAGUGUGUGCUAGUAGACACUGACACGUUGAACACAUUGCCAGAUAGGGAGAUGGCGUCAGGCCUAGCUGAAGUUAUCAAGUACGGGCUUAUCAGGGAUGCCGAGUUCUUUGAAUGGCAGGAGAAUAACAUUGAGGCGUUGCUGGCAAGGGAUCCAGCGGCAUUAGCCUUUGCUAUAAAACGAUCAUGUGAAAACAAGGCUGACGUUGUGUCACAAGAUGAGAAAGAAAGCGGCUUGCGAGCAACCCUGAAUUUGGGUCAUACAUUUGGCCAUGCCAUAGAAACUGGUUUUGGUUAUGGAGAGUGGCUCCAUGGAGAAGCUGUUGCAGCUGGCACGGUAAUGGCAGUGGACAUGUCAUAUCGUCUUGGUUGGAUCGAUGAAUCAAUCGUUAAGAGAGUGAACAAGAUCCUAGAACGGGCGAAAUUGCCUACAACACCGCCAAAGAGCAUGACUGUCAGCAUGUUCAAGUCCAUAAUGGCGGUGGACAAGAAAGUGGCAGACGGACUGCUGAGGCUCAUUCUUCUCAAAGGCCCGCUGGGAAACUGCGUUUUCACGGGAGAUUAUGACCGGGAGGCGUUGGAUGCCACGCUCCGUGCAUUCUCCAAAUCCUGAACAUUUCUUAUUUGUGAUGAUUUUGGUGUUAUUUUGUUCACAUACACGCAUAUGUAAUCAUGUAUACCAACAACCUUGUAACUAGCUUUGUGGAAUGUGACAAUAAUGAGCUUUUUAAAAAAGUUACCACCCUGUAAGCUUAAGUGUUUCAA